AUGGCGCCGGGUACCAGGCAGUGUUGGGCGAGUCGCCUGACUGAUUUUUUUAUUUGCGUGAUUAUCAAGGCUUUGGUGGAAUUAUGGUGCAAUUGCGAAAUUCAAAUAUUUGGCGAUCCGGUGUUAGCUGGAGAAUCUUCAAUCCUCGUUAUGAAUCACCGCACCAGGACCGAUUGGAAUUUUCUCUGGCCAGCAUUUUACCAUUGUACCAAGGGAUCGACGAGGUAUAGGCACUCUCUAAAGUUCGUCCUCAAGGACAUGAUUCGCCACAUACCGGGACCAGGUUGGGUAAUGCAACUUUCCUGCUUCCUGUAUGUUAAACGGUCUUGGAUGUUUGACAAGAGCAAGUUGGAGAAAAUUUUAACCUACUUCUGUGAAAUGUCGUACAAAUUUAGCCUACUUGUUUUCCCGGAAGGGACGGAUUUGACUCCAGAAACAAUUGAAGCAAGCACUAAAUUUGCCGAAAAAAAUAAUUUACAGAAAUACAGUUACGUUUUACAUCCUAGGACAACCGGAUUUGCUUUCAUUGCCGAGGAAUUACUUUCCAGGAACAAUUUGGACGCUGUUUAUGACAUAACUUUAGUUUAUCCCGAUGCCAUACCUCAAACUGAAAAGGUUCUUCUAUGUGGAAAAAUUCCGAAACAAGUCAAAUUCCAUUUCACCAGAUAUCCUGUAUCGAUUCUUCCAAAAACCGAACCAGAACUUCGCAACUUUUUAGAAAAACGCUGGUCAGAGAAAGAAACGACGCUUCGUGAAUUUCACAAAACGGGACAUUUUUUGCGUGGCCAUCGGCUGAAAAAGUCCAACGUUUUCGAAAUGUAUAUAGCUUUAGUGUUCUGGACACUGUUGCCUUAUGUCACCCUAUAUUUAUUUUAUGUCAACUUUAUGUUUCGAACUUGCGUUCUCACACACACUUUUUUCCUUCUUUUCGUCAAUUACUUUUACGGCGGUUUUCAAGAAUUUGAAGUGAACGUUUACAAAUUCAAAAAGAAAAUAUUCGGAGUAGGUUUCUAAGGAAGUACUAUCGAUGUAUCUGCGUGAAAUAUAACACCAGCUAACCACCCUUUACCAGUCCUGAUACAGAAUAAUUUAGGGAAACUCGAAAAAAUAAUGAGUAAGCGUUAAAAUUACGAAAGAAUUUAUUGGCCGAAAGGAAAAAUUAAUUGCAAAUAAAUUGAGGAAAUAAAAACACCAUAAAAAUUUUCUGUAAAACUUCACAACUCAAAAAAUUGAAAUUAGUAAAAUACAAAAUUAGACAACGAACAACACUUACACAGACCAAACGUGUAAAUGCAUAAUAAUAAUAUUGAGAAGAAUGUAGUAAGUAAUUUUUAAAUAAUAUUGCUCAAAAAUUGACAGACAAAAAGGCAAUUGGAAAUUGCCAUAAGAAAUUGAUAUCGCUGGUAAAGGGUUCAGCAGCCUAUUAUACGAGCAGUCCAUUCCUGGUAAAAUUUUUUGUGUAUUCGGAAAAGCUACCUGUACCCUCUGCAUAUGUACCAAAAAAAAAACAGGUGCUACCAUUUUUGUGUGUGUGCUGUUUAAAAAUAAUGAUGGCCUACAGCAACAGCACCUUUUCGAAAAAAAUAAUGGAGACUCUAUAUCUCAAGCUCAAAAAUAAAUAAAUUGCCCAAACAAAAAAGCAAAAUUUUGUUUGAACAGUGAAACACCUUGUGAGGCGCAUAUCGGGAACAUUAAAAA